CGGCGCUGGUCCGGGCUGAUCGUCCAUUGCUGGCUCGGGACCUUAUCGCCGUCUCGGCCUCACUCCGGCCGCCGCCUCCGAGACCCAAGCGCCAUGCACUCGCCGGCGCGCUGCCCACCGGCCACCUCUUCGCCACCUCCGCGCGCGGCCCACGUCGUGAUGGCCCGCCGCGGCCGUAGUUACAAGCCAUCGGCCCCCGAGGUCGCCGACCAGCCGGAGGCGCUUGCCCGCAUCCUCCGCACCGAGGCCGCCGUCUCCGGCGUCUCCCGCAAGGCCGCAGCCUCGCGGCAGCAGUCCGCCCGCCUCUGGCCCCGCGCCGUCCUCGAGGCCCUCGACUCCGCCGUCGCUUCCUGCCGCUGGGAGUCCGCUCUCGAGAUCUUCGAGCUGCUUCGUAAGCAGCAAUGGUACAAGCCGAGGUCACAGACCUACGCCAGGUUGCUGAUGAUGCUCGGCAAGUGCCGGCAGCCCGGCGCGGCGACAGCCCUCUUCAAGGUGAUGCUCUCGGAGCGUCUCAAGCCGACGGUGGAUGUCUACACGGCCCUCGUCGGCGCGUAUGGUUACAGCGGCAUGCUGGACGAGGCGUUGGCCACCGUCGACCAGAUGAAAGGCGCUGCGGAUUGCAAGCCAGAUGAGUACACGUUCUCCGUUCUUAUCAAUUGCUGUAGCAAAUUGCGCCGCUUCGAUCGGAUACCCGCGAUUCUUGAUGAGAUGUCCUACUUGGGGCUAGAAUGCAAUGCUGUUAUCCAUAAUGCGAUAAUUGAUGGGUAUGGGAAAGCUGGCAUGUUGGAGGAGAUGGAGAAUGCACUGACCAAUAUGCUUGAAAGUGGGGACAUUGUGCCGGACAUAUACACGAUGAACUCUGUCAUUUGGGCCUAUGGGAAGCAUGGUAGGAUAGAUGAAAUGGAGAGGUGGUACGGUGAGUUUCAGUUGAUGGGUGUUGACCCAGACACACAAACAUUUAAUAUCAUGAUCAAAGCUUAUGGUAAUGCUAAGUUGCAUGACAAAAUGAUAUCGGUGCUGAAAUAUAUGAAGAAAUACUUCUUUUCACCCGCUGUUGUUACUUUCAACAUAAUAAUAGAAAGUUUUGGACGAGCUGGAAAUAUUGAGAAGAUGGAGUACUAUUUCCGUUUGAUGAAGUUUCAAGGUGUCAAACCCAACCCCAUCACUUACUGCUCUAUGAUCAAUGGAUACAGCAAAGCUGGGUUAAUUGACAAGGUUCCUGGGAUUAUUCGACAGACACAGAACACUGAUGUUGUAUUAGAUACUCCAUUUUUUAAUUGUGUGAUCGAUGCAUAUGCCAAGUCUGGAGAUAUCAAAAUUAUGGAGGAAAUGCUACAGUUUAUGAAGGAAAAGAAAUGUAAACCUGAUGAAGUAACUUACACCAUCAUGAUCCAGGCAUACAAUGCACAUGGGAUGGAUAAAGCUGCUAAUUUGUUAAAGAUGGAUGUGGAAAGGGUUGAUGGCAAGUUUCUGGGGUUAGUUUCUGAGGUUGAUAACAAAUAAUGCCUAUUUCAAUUUUUCUCGGGAUGUUGCAAUAAGUGUGGCCUAAUCCAAUACUGGAGAAAGAGGACAUAUAAUGGACCAAAGGGAGUGUCAGUCAAACAUAACAGAGCUUUGACUAUGAUGAGUAAAUGAAUUACCAUCAAGACAAAAAGUUAUAGCCAGCGAGCAGAUACACCUAGUUGAAUGCUUUUUUGAGAACUCAGUCCUAGAUGAAUGCUGGCAAGUGUCAUCAAAUCAUCUUAUACUGGAUACAAUUCUUAUGCUGGUGAAUUCUCGGGCCUGUUUUCACUGCCAGUUCUGUGGGCAGAUUAUCCGUCUGCAAUUGUUUAGAACGUGCAUUGCAGCAAUCCCAGCACGUUUGGGUGCGUCCCGUUCUCGUCCAGCGAUGCCCUAACCCGUCCUGUACGGUGACUGGAGAUAAUCAGAUAGGGGACAACAAGAAACAAGACGGGAGCGGCGGGCAAGACGUCGCCACUCGCCAAGAACCUGGGAUCUUCACUCGGAUUGUCACUGAACAAUUGCUGCUGGUGAACUGCAAAUUCCAUGAGUUGAUUGUGUUUAUGAAAAGCAUCAACUGUAAGAAAGUAGUUCGAUCUUAAACCUUGAUGACUGAACUACAACUCUACAAUAUGCAGCCUUUAGUGCUUUCAGAACUGUAAAAUUUAGUACUACAAUAAUCUUUUUAGUUCUAUUAUGGAAAUAUAUAUAUGAAGAAAGAUACAUAUGCAACAGAGAGAAAGAUCUCCAUGUUUGAGGCAGCCCAUUACACAGUUGGGCUUUGCUUGAAGCAGCCUAUUACAUAAUUCGGACGGCCCGUUCUAAAAUUUUUUCGGCCCAAUAGAUUUCGGUUUAUAAACCUGAUUGGCCCUCUUCGCCUUCCUCUCCUCCCCGAUUCCCAAACCCUAGCCUAGCAGAGGAGAGCCGACACCCCCCGCCGCCCGCUUCCCUUCUCGCCACCGCCGAAUCCAC